AUUGAUAAGCAUGAGUGUGACAUUCGUACAAGAUGAAGUUUGUGUUUGUGGUCACGCUGUUCGCUUUGGCUUAUGCCAAACAUGAAGAAUAUAUCGGAUGGAAAUCCUACUAUGUAGGUCUAGAAUCCAAAGACCAGUUUAAGGCCUUUUGGCCAAUGGUCGACAAAUAUGAGCUGGAUGUCUUGAGCCAUCCGAUCCUGGGUCGAGAAGGUGUCCUUUUGGUCAAACCUGAACAUCAAGCAGGCUUUAUCCUGGAAGCGGAAACCGAGGGUAUUGCUCUCAAGGUCCAUUCUGAGGAUGUUAAAAGCCAACUGGAUUAUGAUGACCAGGUCAUUGAACUGCAAAGGAUAUCAUCAAUGAUGAGGAACGCAGGUCGGCAGCUGCCUUAUGACAACUAUCAACAAAUUGAAGCUAUUGACGAUUACCUCGACUACAUUGGAGCCACAUAUCCUGAUGUUGCUACCGUAGUGACUGCUGCCAAUUCCUUCGAAGGUCGUCCCAUCAAGUACGUCAAAAUCUCCACCACCAACUUUGAAGACCACAGCAAGCCCGUCAUCUUCAUCGAUGGUGGCAUCCACGCCAGAGAAUGGAUCUCACCCCCCACUGUUACCUGGGCCAUUCACAAGCUGGUAGAAGAUGUUACUGAAAGAGAUCUUCUAGAUAAUUUUGACUGGAUCCUCUUGCCUGUGGUUAACCCUGAUGGAUAUAAAUUCACUUUUACCAAUUCCCGUUUCUGGCGUAAGACUCGAUCCACGGACCAGCACGUUUUAAGCGGUAUCUGCCCAGGAGUUGACGGUAACCGCAAUUACGACUUCUUCUGGAACACCGUUGGUACCAGCAACACCCCAUGCUCAGACGUCUAUGCUGGAUCUAAAGCUUUCUCCGAAGUCGAAACCAGGGUCGUCAGAGACAUCCUCCAUGAACAUUUAGCACGCAUGGCUAUGUACAUCACCAUGCACAGUUUCGGAAGCAUGAUCUUAUACCCAUGGGGUCAUGAUGGGUCCCUAUCUCAUAACGGCCUUGGUCUUCAUACGGUGGGAGUUGCUAUGGCAACGGCAAUCAAUCAGAAUUCUCUAUCUCACUUCCGAUCUUAUGUUGUUGGAAAUUCAGCUUUAGUUCUGAAUUAUCCAGCGGCUGGGGCUUCAGAAGAUUAUGCACACCAAAUUGGCGUGCCAUUCUCAUAUACUUUUGAGCUACCUGGUCUGUCCAACACAUUACUUGGAUUCAAUUUGAACCCUAGGUAUAUUCAACAGGUGUGCAAUGAAACAUGGCAAGGUCUGAUUGUUGGAGCUAGGAGGGCUGGUGAUUUAUUUAGGAAUAAAAAGCUUUAAAGACUG